CAUCCCGAUUGCCUAACAUACAUAAUUCUCCGUGCUGGCACCUCUACGGGGAUGGUGUGGGGUUCGGCAGGUUGCACGCGUUAAGUUCGCGUACGCCGGGUGUAAUGCGAAAAAUGAGGGAUAUUGUGACGAUUGCAUGACUGACUGUAGAGCAUUACUCGUUAUGUCGUUGAUGGUUGGAUUCGGAGGGAGAUGGAAAACGGAUGAAUGGAUGAUAUACCGCGCCCGUAUGGUUUACGAUCGACGGUGGAUAAGCCGUUAUAUCUUGAGCGUUUUUCGUUUACGUCGGCGGCGGUCGUCGUAUUCUGCGUUUAAUAAUAAAUUCUGUGACCAAACUGUCAUCCCAUAUUCUCAUCAAUUUUUAAUUGUGCGCUGAAGUGUCUAAUCUGUCUAUUAUCUGGCUAUAGUUCUAGCGGUCGUGUUUAUUACGGGUCUUCCUCAUUGCCUGAUGUUGCAACCGUCUUUUCUCACAGCCUG